CACUCCUCCUCCAUCUUCACUCUUCUCGUUUUCUCUCUGCAGCCGCCACCGGUGACCGAAGGAUCCGGAAACCGAAAGUUCAAAUGCAGCGAGUGUGGAAAAGCUUUUAAAUACAAACAUCACCUGAAGGAGCACCUGCGUAUUCACAGCGGCGAGAAGCCAUACGAGUGCUCCAACUGUAAGAAGCGUUUCUCCCACUCCGGCUCCUACAGCUCGCACAUCAGCAGCAAGAAAUGCAUUGCCCUGAUCGCCUUCAACGGACAAGCAUGCCACGGAAACCAUGGCAACAAGCCUGGCUCCUCUCCCAACUCCACCACCUCGUCACCUGGAAGCCCCACCCUCGCUCAGCUCCGCCACAAACUGGAGAACGGACGUCAGCUGCCGCUUGGCGCUCCGAAGCCGCCGCCGCUUGACAUCAAAGCCGAGCCGAUGGACUUCAGCGAGUACCGGCUGCUGAUGGCGUCCCAGCACGGCUUCGUGGGAUCCGUCUACAUGAACGGGCGCGGAGGCAGCCCGCUGCAGCACCUGGCAGGCGUCGGGCUGGAGCUCCCGCCUAGGACCUUCUCCGGGUCUCUGGCGAGCAGCCUGAGCGAGGUGCAGAGGGCGCUGCAACUCGGGGACGGCGCCACGUGCCGGCAGCAGGCGGACGGGAGCCCAGAGGAGAUCUCAAAGCUCCGGGCGUACAUGAAGGAACUCGGGGCGCAGAUGGAAGAGCAGCGGCGAGGCUUCCACAACGGCGGCACCACGAAGAGCAUCAUCGACUACACGCUGGAGAAGGUCAACGAGGCGAAAAGUCUCAUCAACGACUCCAAGAAGAAAGUCAAGAAUGUGAAGCCAGAGAGAUACCUGGACGGGCCAAACCACUCUGGGGACCUGGGGGAGAAAUACCUGGACGGGCCGAACCACUCUGGGGACAUGGGGGAGAAAUACCUGGACGGGCCGAACCACUCGGAGGAGAGAUAUCCAGAUGAGCCAAACCACUUGGGGGAGAGAUAUCCGGAUGGGCCGAACCACUCAGAGGAGAAAUAUCCGGACGGGCCAAACCACUCGACGGACUCUGGGGAGAGCUAUCUAGACGGGCCGAACCACUUCCUGCCAUUCUCCUGCCAGUUCUGCAAGGAGACGUUCGCUGGGCCGAUCCCGCUGCAUCAGCACGAGCGCUACAUGUGCAAAAUGAACGAGGAGAUCAAAGCGGCGCUGCGGCCGGCAGAGAGCAGUCCCGUGGGACGCCACAUGGCGGGACCCUCAGAGAUGUCCGGUAUGGACCGCGCCACCAGCCCCAACAACCCCUUCAAGGACCACGUGUCGGUCCUCAAGGCGUACUUUGCCAUGACGACGGAGCCCAAUGCAGAGGAACUGCUCAAGAUCUCGAUCGCCGUAGGUCUUCCGCAGGAGUUCGUCAAGGAGUGGUUCUCACAGUGGAAGAACCGGGGCGUCCCCGCAGGGGGUUCAAGGAAAAGAUCGCCGCCUCCCGACAGCUUCGUUUGCUCGCACAUGUCUCUCGCCGGCGUAGAUUCCCACCUCACUAACGGCGGCACCUCCCACAGAAUCUCAAAGAUCAACUGUCGGACAUGCGGGGACAAACCACUCGACAACUUGGACCACUUGCGGGGCGACACUCCGUCACCGCUCAACCUUUCGUCUACUUCCUCCAAAAACUCUCAGAGCAGCCUGUACACGCCGAACAGCGUAGCGUUGGAGGAAGCCCACGGAGAUAUACCACUGGAUCUGUCGCUGCCCAAACACAUCAUGGCGCAGAGGCUCCUGAAGCAACCAAGAGCCAACGGCGUCUUUAACGGCGAGGCGCUUGCCAACAUCAAGAAGGAAUUCCACGGCUCGGACGGCGGCGGGAACUUGGUGCACCAUCUGGAGAAAAGCCCCAGUCCUAACUUUGGGAUUAAUCCCUUUUACACGUCUCUGCCUCCCCAUGGAGCGUUUCCUGCACCCACCUUCAUGUCUCCGACGCGGGCCUCCAUCCCGGGCCUGAGACCAUACCCGGGCCUCGACCACAUGAGCUUUCUUCCCCACAUGGCCUACACCUACGCCACCGGGGCUGCCACGUUCGCCGAGAUGCAGCAGCGGAGAAAGUACCAACGGAAACCAGGUUUCCAGGGCGAUGUGCUGGACGGGGCAGUGGACUACCUGUCAGGCCUGGACGACCUGACGGACAGCGACGCGCUGCUGUCCAGGAAGAAGAUUAAGAAGACUGAAAGUGGUAUGUACGCGUGUGACUUGUGCGACAAAACAUUCCAGAAGACCAGUUCCCUCCUAAGACACAAAUAUGAGCACACAGGUAUAUAUAAUAUUUAGAAUAUUUCUUUUCCUCCCUCGCCCCGAUGCUUCUGUGCCCUUUAUUUAUUCUGUCUGUUCCAAGGGUUCUCAAACGCAUCGCACAAAAGUCUGCAUCAUUAUUUAUUGGCAAAAACAAAAUAACAUUUAUUCUUUCACUCAUACCAUUUAGUCAACAAAUUCAAUUUAGUACUUGAUUUUCCUUAAAACAUCGCAUAUCUGGGUUGGCCCAUUGACGUCACUUCUUACCUCUCUGGGCCGGCCCAUUAACGUACCUUUUUACCUCUCUGGGUCGGCCCACUGAUGUCCCUUUUUACCUCUCUGGGUUGGCCCAUUGACGUCACUUUUUACCUCUCUGGGUCAGCCCAUUGACGUCCCUUUUUACCUCUCUGGGUCGGCCCAUUGACUUCCCUUCUUACCUCUCUGGGUCGGCCCACUGAUGUCCCUUUUUACCUCUCUGGG